UCUGAGGGUUUUCACUUUUCAUAGCAGUGAGGAAAAAAGAGUUAGAUAAUGAUAAACUGGGUAUUUUUGUAUAAGUGCAGGCAGUUAGUGGUAAGAGGUAACAAGUCAGUUAACAAGUUAGUGGGAAAGAUUAAUCGUCAUUUACUAGUCGGCAAAUGACUCGCAUGUAUUGAACAAUUUGUUCAUGACUAAGUUCAAGCUUGAGCCAAGACUGAGCUUUGUUCAUCAUGCAGAGGGGAGAGGCUCCUGUUUGCUCUGGUGGUUUAAAGCCGCCAGAGCAAAGUCAGAAGUAAAAGUGCAGAGACACUUUGGAACCAGAGCUUGACACAAGAAACAACAAAGCAGCUGGAAUUGAUCCGACUGUUUUCUUUCUGACAUGGCUGUUCCAGAACGCAGGAUUGUUCUUCUUGGAAAAACUCGAACUGGAAAAAGCACACUGGGAAACAACUUCUUUGGAGAAGAAGUGUUUAAAGUUUCUGGGUUGUCAAAUUCUGUAACAAGAGAAUGUCAGUGUGAAACCAGAGAAGUUCAUGGCAGAAAGAUCACACUGAUUGACACUCCUGGAUUUUUUGACAACAAAAUGUGUGAAGAAGUUCUGAAAUCUGAAAUAACAAAAUGUGUCACUCUGAGUUCUCCUGGAGUUCAUGCUUUUGUCAUUGUUCUGAAAGUGGAAAAGUUCACUGAGCAAGAGAAAGAAGUCAUCUCUAAAAUAAAGAAGUUAUUUUCUGAGGAAGCUCUAAAAUAUGCAGUCAUUGUCUUCACUCAUGGUGAUCAUUUUGAGGAUCAGAAGAUCGAGGACUUUGUGAAUGAAAAUCAUGAUCUGCGUAGUCUUGUGGAGGAAUGUGGAGGUCGCUGUCAUGUGAUGGACAACAGAUACUGGGACAAAGAGAGAAACAACGAGGAAGUGAAAAAGUUACUGAACACAAUAGAUAAGAUGGUGCAACAAAACAAUGGAGAAAUGUACACCAAUGAGGUGCUGAAACAAGUGCACAGUAUGAUAAAAAAGAAGACAGCGUCUCUUCUAAAAGCAUGUCAGAUGAAGAGACAAAAAAAGAAUCACUGAUGGGAAUUUCAGGUUAUUUCAAUAAAGUUGUUGCAUUUCUACAGAGAUUAUAGGAGUUCUAGUUGGAAUUUGCAAGAUGGUUGAAAGAGCUCUGCAUAUAUUAAUGUCAAUAGCAUAACGUUGAAAUUAAAAUUCAAAUGUGUGGUUUGCCUAAAUCAAUCUAAUUGAUUCAAUAUGUAAUUUUACAGGAGGACACGUUUAUCAUGUUUUCUACUUGAUUUAACAUAACCGAUCCAUUUGAAUCACUUUUGAAGUGCUUUUCCCAAUCGUGUUGUUGAUUUUUAUUAAUUAUUAUUCUAAUUUAUUAGAAUUAUUUAAAAAAUGUAAAUGUGUAACCCAGCUGGUGAGGGGAUAAUUGUUUAGAAGAAUAAGAGUGGUUGAUUUUAUUUCUGUCAUAGCAUGGGUUCAUUUUCUGAUUUUCCAUAUCUAUUUUCUGUUAUUCAAACAUAAUUCUGUGCAUGCAUGUUUAGGGCUAUAUUUAAAAAAUUGUUCAGCGUUGUAGAAAAUAAAGUUUUUUAGUCCAC